CUCCGCCUCCGCCUCGCCCCGCGCCGCGUGGGUGCCAUGGCAACGGAGGGAGCUGGAGACCUGGGUUCCGGAAGCCGGAGCGCUUGAAGCUACCCGGGUCAAAGGAUGCUGAGUCCGGAGCGUCUAGCCUUACCGGAUUACGAGUAUCUGGCUCAGCGACAUGUCCUCACGUACAUGGAGGAUGCAGUGUGCCAGUUGCUAGAGAACAGGGAGGAUGUUAGCCAAUAUGGCAUUGCCAGGUUCUUCACUGAGUAUUUUAACAGUGUAUGCCAAGGAACUCACAUUCUUUUUCGGGAAUUCAGCUUCAUCCAGGCUACCCCUCAUAAUAGGGCAUCAUUUUUACGGGCCUUCUGGAGAUGCUUCCGAACUGUGGGCAAAAAUGGUGACUUGCUGACCAUGAAGGAAUAUCACUGUUUGCUGCAAUUACUGUGCCCAGAUUUCCCACUGGAACUCACUCAGAAAGCAGCCAGGAUUGUGCUCAUGGACGAUGCCAUGGACUGCUUGAUGUCUUUUUCGGAUUUCCUCUUUGCCUUCCAGAUCCAGUUUUACUACUCAGAAUUCCUGGACAGUGUGGCUGCCAUCUAUCAAGAUCUGCUGUCGGGCAAGAACCCCAACACGGUCAUUGUGCCGACUUCGUCCAGCGGGCAGCACCGCCAGCGACCUGCCCCCGGCGAGGCCAGCACGCUGGAGGGAGUGGAGGCAUCGCAGUUCUACCAGUGCCUGGAGAGCCUGUGUGACCGGCAUAAGUACAGCUGCCCACCCCCAGCGCUUGUCAAAGAGGUCCUCAGCAAUGCUCAGCGACUGACCUUCUACGGAUUCCUUGUGGCUCUCUCAAAGCAUCAUGGGAUCAACCAAGCCCUAGGAGCGCUGCCCGACAAGGGGGACCUGAUGCACGACCCAGCCAUGGACGAAGAGCUGGAACGGCUGGUGGUGAGGUCGAGGCUGCACCGGACCUCGCGGCAGCACAGGGCCGAGGAGCUGGGGGCCUUUGGCUUUCAGAGAAGAGACAAGCUGGAGGCCCUGGAGCAAGCGCCUUCAGCUUCGGCACCGAUGUCCCACCCAUACCGGUGGGGUCCGAGAGAGUGAAGCGAGGGCACACACGGGGCAGGGCAGGACCCAGAGAGGACACCACUGCAGACGGGCGGGGCCCAGGGCCCCACGGGCGCUUUAUUUUGACACCACUUUGUUUCAAUACAAAUAGUCCAGAAAGUCAGUCCCGUCCCUCUGGGGGAGGGAUGGGAAGAGUGGUCUGUUGCUUGGGGGCCCAACCCGCAACCAGAGGCAGGGCCUGGGCCCUCACUGCCAGCAUGGCAGGGAAGGAUGGCACCAAGGGUGACACAGUGCACGGCCCAGCUGCCACAGGGGUGGCCCACAGCUCUGCAGCCCCUCAGGCUCUCAUUGGGGGUACUGUCCAGGCUGCCCGAGCCCCGGAUGAUGCAGAGGAGGGAGUGGAGCCCACAGCCUGUCCCUUGCGUUCUCCACUUCCUUGGCCAGUAUAACUAACAAUCAGCAGCAUCCAGGGUCAGAACACAGGCACA